AUGUUACGUCAUUUGAGCUGUUUGAGAGUGGGGAUAACUAGAAGAUCUGCUGGCGUGAGAAGACAGUUAUAUCGCAGCCGAUGGAUCUCCACUAGCGAUGAAACAGGGACCAAGGAUGAAGAAGCCAUGAAGGUGGGUGAAGCCCCGAAGGUGAGUGAAGCUCCAAAGGUGAGUGAAGCUCCGAAGGUGAGUGAAGCUCCGAAGGUGGGCGAAGCCCAGAAGGUGACUUCGAAGCCUCCUGAAUUUGCUGGUACCGUGGCUUUUACACCAUUGCAACUCCAAAAGUCCAACAGUGCUACACAGGAGGCUCUUGGGAAUCUUGUAACGAACUUGCACUUGAAGAAUAUGUUAGCAGCACUACAAACGGUGCUAUCAGAUGACCCUACAAAGCUUGUUAUCAGGUCUGUAGAAUGUGUAAAGAGCGUAGAAGGAUAUCCUGUUCGGCAGUCACUUCCACGGACGUUUACCAGUCUCGAAAGCGAUUCUGUGAAUGAUUAUAUGAGGCAGAUUCUUGAUUAUACUUAUUCUAGCCAGCAGAAGGAGGUUAAUAGUAUAGUUGGUGUGAUUAUGGAUAACGAAAAUGUGGUUGGGAUGUUUGACAAGGAUACGUUUGUGUCGUUGACGGACUACUUUGCCAGAAAUGGCCGGUUUAACAUGGUUUUCAAGAUCAAGAAUGAUUUGUGUGCUCCCUCAAUGUACGAUACUGCAUUCUAUGAGGUCUUAUUUGAUCAUUUGGGCGUAAAGAAGCCACUAGCAUUGCUUCAGAAAUACUUUUAUAACAUGAAGUCAGGAAAAUUGGUGAUGAACUCCAAGCUUUUAUACCAGAUCUAUUAUCUGCUACCAAAAACAGAGCGUGAGUCAUUUACCAAGUAUCUUGAAUCUUUGGGCUAUACAAUCAGCGAAAUUGUGCCUGAUUUAUCAUAUACAUCGAUUGAGAGUGCCGAUGAGCUACUCGGUGCUUUAAAGGCGGGUCACGUAGCAAUGACGCCAGGUAUCUUGCACCAUAUGGUAGACUUAUUGACUUCAGAGAGCCGGUUUUCCGAAGCAUGGGCAUUUUUGCACUACCAAAGAGCCCGUUAUCGGUUUAAAUUGGCACCUGCCAUUGGAAUUACGUUUAUAAACAACAUAAUGAACUCUGGUCAGGUGCAAUUUGUUCUUCCCUUUGCACGUAGUUUCUUUAGGCUUACUGGAAUCAACUUGAGAGAUUAUGGCUUGGAGAGAUUACUUAAUCAUCAAUUAACUCAGCCUGUUAGUGACUCUUGGGCCACUCUCACCAAAGUUCUUGCCAAAGCCGGAAAACAGUCCAAUGAUACUACAUUGAAGUACAAUCUUCCUCGAAUGUUGAAUAUGUACGCCAAAAGUAACGGUCUUGAGGAGUGGAAUAUCGAGGGAGGAAUGUCCAAAGAAGAAAAGCAGUUUAUGAGGUCGUUACAUUGGCCAGACACACCGAGAUUUGUAGUAUCCGAGAAUAGUAGUCGGUUCAAACAAGCAUGCAGCAGUUUUGGGGGUAGAGUGGAGUCAGAUAUAGCUGUUUCCAAGAAGAUGAAUGAUAUAUUAGGUACGAAAAAGCCUCAGAAGCUUGAAGAGGCAUGGAAUCUACUUGAAUCGCUUACUGAGAAAGACGAAAAGGCGUGUGGUGGUAUCAGCUUAAUUAGCUAUCUUCUUAACCAGGAACGCAAGCCUCAAUUUGCUCUUGCUGUGACUACUACUCUUAAAAAUAAGUAUGGAGUUGAUAUUCGGUUCGAAACGUAUCGAAAAAUGGCUGAAUACUACCUCGCCAACGGUACCAGGAGUACCAGGAGUACCAGCGGUACCAGCGGUACCAGCGGCUCCAACGGCUCCAACAGUACCAAUUGGUGGUUUGUAGUGCGGUGGUUAUAUACGGAAACGUAUAUGGAUUUGAAACCGUGGUUCAAAGAGUCUCCUAGACUUGGAAAGAUUGCUCAAAAGCAGAACUUUGAGGUUCAUAGCUAUAUGGAUGGAUUGAAUCACGAAGAAGAGGCUCUAGCCAACAAAAUAGUAGAUUCUGUCCAAUGGACUAGCAGUGCCAACUUUGUGGAAGAGACAAAUAGUGCAUUAUUUAAGCUGUACUCGAGUUAUCUUGAGGAUAAUGCUGCCGAGGAGAUGAUUCAGGUACUUUUGAAGGAUUCAAAUCCUCAAGGAGCAUGGCAAACGGUGGACAAAGAUGGAGGAGUGAAUGAUGAGACAUUAAAUCUUUUUAUGAACUACUUUGCCAGUAAAAAACAGCUCUAUAACGUGUAUGCGUUGGCAAGAAUGGCUCCAAAGGAUGCUGGUAAGCUUAGCAAAGUGGCUGAUUAUCGAUGCUAUGAAAUCAUACUUAAAGCGUUCUUGGAUCCUGAACUUUCAUUGACACAACAAGAUGUUCAACUUCUCAGAGCCUUGCGUAGUAAGACGGAAUACCUUGGCCUCUGGAAGGAUGAAGAAUUUGAGAGCUUGUUGACGAAAAAGCUUUCAGAAAACGGUUUAAAGAUCGAAGAUUGGACGGUGAGUGCAGAAGAGCAACAAAUAAUGGAUCAGAUUAUUCUGAAUUUGAAAUGGAACGAAGAGCCGGAGUUCGAAUUGGAGGCCAACAGUGCGCAAUUCCAAGAGGCUGCUAAACUACUUGUUCUAUAG